CUAAGUGUUUUCACUACAUCUUCAUCAUCAUCAUCAUCAUCAUCAUUCAUCAUCUUCAUUCAUCAUUUUACUGUAACUGGUGUAUCUGCAAGAGCUGGAGCAGCAGCCUCAGCCGAAGCAGGUGCAGGUGCAGGUGCAGGUGCAGGUGCAGGUGCAGGAGGAGCAGUCUCUAGGGGCACUUCCUCAGGCUUAGCACCAGCCACCUCUGAAGCAGCUUCAGCCUCAGCAGCUGGUUGCUCAGGGGCAGGCUCUUGAGCAACCUUCCACACAAAAUCGUUCCACUAGAAUUAAAAUACUCCAUUUGCUACCUUGUCAAGCUAACAAUUACAUUUUUUUG